GAAGCCGGCUGGGGUGGACGAAGUGAAGGGUCUUGAACCGAGUGGUCUACAGGAGCCAGACAGGCUUCGCUCAAGGCCGGGCUGCUGGCGACACAGAUUGGGCACAGAGCUUCUUCCCCGGGAGGCAGGUGUUGGGUGUCUUUGGGGUCUCCGGAGGAAACCAGAGAAGAGCUCUAACUACUCCCCCAAGGGAGGCCUCGGGGCCUGUCCUGGAAGGGCGGGUGGUAGCCAGUGUUUUGGGGGCAAACCCGGUCCUCUUCCUCCACUGGAUACCCGAGAUAGCGCUAGCCUGCGAGAAUCGCCCCUCUCUGGAUUCUCCCCCGCACUCUUUGUUCAGUGGCCUGGUCUUUUAGAGAAAGGAGCUCUUGAUAUGGAGCAGAAUAACCCCCUUUUCAAGGACCGCAAAGCCGGGAGUCAAACUCAGAGUUCAGAUGUUGAGAUCUUUGACCAGAUAUAAAGUUGCCACACAGAGAAGCGCCUGUGGACCUGGAGAAAGACUUUUGUGAUCCAGACUUGAGGCUUAUUUACAUUUGGCUAUUCCUACGAAAAUUCAUAAAGCGUUCUGUGUUAGCUGCCAUCCAAACUAAACGUUGAACUGAACGACACCCUUCACAGUCUGUAUUUGGCCUAUCUUCUCUUGAAAGGUUCCUUCCUUUAUCUCAUUUAGAUAAGUCAGGUCUUUUUUGCUUCAUUAACAACUCCUUUAAUUAGCUGUAACCACAUCACAUGAAGAUUGGAUGUUAUUAGGACCUGUCAAAUGUGCUUAAGUUUCAGUCUCACUAUACUAAGCAAGUUGCUUGACCUCCGUACACCUGUGUAUUGUAGGUAUAAUAUGAAAGCUUUGAAAUAGGUCAUCUUUCAGACUUAUUCCUCUUGAAAAAGUCUGUGAUUCUGUGAAUUCUAUGACAUCACUCCCCUUUUCCCUACUCUUCCUCUUUUAAAUUCAUUCUCCAUCUCUUCAGAGAAAUGGGCAUUGAGUAGAAGGUGGGAGUCCCUUUUACUGAAACAGCCUGGUUUGAAAAAUAUGGUUGUGUCUGAAUUGUCUCUUCCCUGGACAAGAAAAAUUCCCUCUGAAUUACCUUUUUUUCCCUUGUGGUAACAGCAGAAACCAAGCAGCAACGGCCCUUGGAGAGAGGCUAUUUAUUGACUUCUACAGUGACAAAGACCUCGAGAAAGUCGAUACUUCUGGCCUACGCUGCCAUCAUCCUACCACCCAGCCCAAGACAGCCUAGGCUGGACAUUAGUGCCUCCCUCUUUGUUCCUAUGUGAUCACCCAGAUCAGCACCUGACUGUUUAUUUUCAAGUCUCAGAAACUCCGCCCCCAGAUCUUCAUAUUCUGGUUCUCAGCUGCUCUUGAAGGACAGUGACUUGUUAUCACCACAACCGCAGAGCCUGCCAUCCUCAGCAGAUCUCCAGUCAGCUCCUGAUAUCACUCCCCUUCCUUGUCUGCCUUUGGGGCCUCCUAAAUGCCCAUCUCGUUGGCCUGGCUUCAGCUGGUGGUAUGGAGGGGUGCUGCCUAGCACUGACCUGGGAGUGUGUGUGACCCACUGAUCCAAUGGACAUCAAAGGCCAGUUCUGGAAUGAUGAUGAUUCAGAGGGAGAUAAUGAAUCAGAAGAGUUUCUUUAUGGAGUUCAGGGGAGCUGUGCAGCUGACCUGUAUCGACACCCACAGCUUGAUGCAGACAUUGAAGCCGUGAAAGAGAUCUACAGUGAGAACUCUGUAUCCAUCAGAGAAUAUGGAACUAUCGAUGACGUGGACAUUGACCUACACAUCAACAUCAGCUUCCUCGAUGAGGAAGUCUCUACAGCCUGGAAAGUCCUUCGGACAGAACCUAUUGUGUUGAGGCUGCGAUUUUCUCUCUCCCAGUACCUUGAUGGACCAGAACCAUCAAUUGAGGUUUUCCAGCCAUCAAAUAAGGAAGGGUUUGGGCUGGGUCUUCAGUUGAAAAAGAUCCUGGGUAUGUUCACAUCCCAACAAUGGAAACAUCUCAGCAACGAUUUCUUGAAGACCCAGCAGGAGAAGAGGCACGGUUGGUUCAAGGCAAGUGGUACCAUCAAGAAGUUCCGAGCUGGCCUCAGCAUCUUCUCUCCCAUCCCCAAGUCUCCCAGUUUCCCUGUUAUACAGGACUCCAUGCUGAAAGGCAAACUUGCUGUACCCGAGCUUCGGGUUGGACGCCUCAUGAACCGUUCCAUCUCCUGCACCGUGAAGAACCCCAAAGUGGAGGUGUUUGGCUAUCCUCCCAGUCCCCAGGCAGGUCUCCUGUGCCCCCAGCACGUGGGCCUCCCUCCCCCAGCACAGACCUCUGCUUUGGUCAGUGGUCACUGCAAGAAUAUCCCCACUCUGGAAUAUGGAUUUCUCGUCCAGAUCAUGAAGUAUGCAGAGCAGAGGAUUCCAACACUGAAUGAGUACUGUGUGGUGUGUGAUGAGCAGCAUGUCUUCCAGAAUGGGUCCAUGCUCAAGCCAGCUGUCUGUACUCGUGAACUGUGCGUUUUCUCCUUCUAUACACUGGGAGUCAUGUCUGGAGCUGCAGAGGAGGUGGCCACUGGAGCAGAGGUUGUGGAUCUGCUGGUGGCAAUGUGUAGGGCAGCUUUGGAGUCCCCUAGGAAGAGCAUCAUCUUUGAGCCUUAUCCUUCUGUGGUGGACCCCACUGAUCCCAAGACUCUGGCCUUUAACCCUAAGAAGAAGAAUUAUGAGCGACUUCAGAAAGCUCUGGAUAGUGUGAUGUCCAUCCGGGAGAUGACCCAGGGCUCAUAUCUGGAAAUCAAGAAGCAGAUGGAUAAGCUGGAUCCCUUGGCCCAUCCUCUCCUGCAGUGGAUCAUCUCUAGCAACAGGUCACACAUUGUCAAACUACCUCUCAGCAGGCAGCUGAAGUUCAUGCACACCUCACACCAAUUCCUCCUGCUGAGCAGCCCUCCUGCCAAGGAGGCUCGGUUCCGCACCGCCAAGAAGCUCUACGGCAGCACCUUUGCCUUCCAUGGGUCCCACAUUGAGAACUGGCAUUCGAUCCUACGCAAUGGGCUGGUCAAUGCAUCUUACACCAAACUGCAGCUGCAUGGAGCAGCCUAUGGCAAAGGCAUCUACCUGAGCCCCAUCUCCAGUAUUUCCUUUGGAUAUUCAGGAAUGGGAAAAGGACAGCACAGGAUGCCCUCCAAGGAUGAGCUGGUCCAGAGAUAUAACAGGAUGAAUACCAUCCCCCAGACCCGAUCCAUUCAGUCAAGGUUCCUGCAAAGUCGGAAUCUAAAUUGUAUAGCACUUUGUGAAGUGAUUACAUCUAAAGACCUCCAGAAGCAUGGGAACAUCUGGGUGUGCCCUGUGUCCGACCAUGUCUGCACACGGUUCUUUUUUGUAUAUGAGGAUGGUCAGGUGGGCGAUGCCAACAUUAAUACUCAGGACCCCAAGAUACAGAAGGAAAUCAUGCGUGUGAUCGGAACUCAGGUUUACACAAACUGAGGGGGCCCCAGCCCUCGUACCACCCCUGUCCCCUCCAGGAUCCAUCUGCCCUCAUUAAAAGGCUCAGGAGCAGCAGGCAAGGCUGCCCUGAGGAAUCAAGGGGCCAUUUACAAGAGGCAGGAAAAGGGUAGAGGAGGCGGCCUUCAUGGUGGUGAUUGACCCAGGAACCACUCCAUAUUUGGAUGGCCCAGACUGACUUCCUAUCCCUGAUUUUCCCAGUUGACUUCACCCUGUUUGUAAAUAAAACAAUAAAAUGGAAGGUGCUGUGGACUGGA